UUGGAGUCAACUGAUCGAUGCAGACCGGGCGGACAUGUCAGACAAGAUGUGCUCUUCUUGACUGCAUUGUGAGGGUAUAGCUCCUGGGAAACCCUGGUGUGACGGUCUAUGGGAGGCUCCCAUGUGACAGCAUCCCUUUGUUGGGCCCCAUGGUGGGUGGGGUCACUGGGAGCUGAGUAUUUAUUUUUAAAUAUGGAUUUUCAAAAUACAAAAAUUCCAAACAAGCUAACAAUGACAAAUGAAAAGACCUCCAAUCAGCCAGUGUACUUAGUAGUCCAUGCAACUGGAGAAAAACCGUUAUCUAAGUGUUCCCCAUUUUUGAUCCAAAAAUUGUUUGAAUCAACAAUUGGGCACUUAAAGAAAAUACAGAAAUUGAGGUCAGGUGACCUCCUGGUGGAAACAGCCUCUCCUCAACAAACAACAAAGCUUUUGUCAAUGAAAACACUUGGAGAUAUGGGAGUCUCAAUCACAUCACACAAAAGUCUAAACUCAUCACGUGGUGUGAUAUCUGAGAUCGACCUAAUGUCUGAAGAUGAAUCAGAUAUUCAGAUCGGUCUUUCAGAUCAAGGUGUCACUGCUGUCCGACGCAUCUCCAUUCCUCGAGACGGCAAGUUAAUACCAACAAAGCAUUCAAUUGUCACAUUUGACAAGCCAACAUUGCCAUCCUUCAUUACUGCAGGAUAUCUGCGCUGCCCCGUUCGUCCUUACAUUCCAAAUGAGCUGCUUUGCUUCAAAUGCCAGCGAUUUGGACACUCACAAACAUCCUGCCGAGGCAAAAGCGUAUGUGCACAGUGUGGGACCGAAGACAAUGUCAGUACUGAAUGUAAAAGUAUCCCGUGCUGUGUGAACUGUAAAGAUGCCCAUCCUUCCUACUCCCGGAAAUGCCCUGCGUGGCAGAGAGAAAAAGAGGUGCAACGGAUAAAAACCGUAAACAACGUAUCAUACACAGAGGCCCGUCGCAUGGCCACCCCAAGUGCAACAACGAAACAAAAGACCUUUGCUGCUGCGUUGAAGUCUACUGAGACAUGUGGGGUUCAAACAUAUAUUUCUGUCUCCCCAAAAGAAUCUCUCACUCGACACACAAAAUGUUUGCUGACCCAAUCAAAACAAACUGAAGAAAAGGAGAGUAUCAAGACAAAGACACCCCUACCUAAAACAGGGGUAGUAACCAGAAAUGUGGAUUCUAAGAAAGCAAAUAAGAACCCACUUAACAAACAAAAAUUAAAAGCAGCCCUUUGUAAAGCUAAAAGAUCAGAGACUCAGUCCAUGAGUGAGUUCUCUGAUAUCUCUGAUGAAGAGCCUAACUUGGAGGUGAAAAAACCAAUGUCACCCCAAAAGAUAAACCCCCUGUGAAAUUGAAGAGGGAUACCCUUGCAAAAAAUGCUGCCUCAAACACAUAAUGGAUUACAAAAUAAUCCAAUGGAACUGUCGUGGUUUCCGCAACAACCUCUCUGACAUUAAACACUUGACAUCAUCUACUUCAUCUCUCUGUGUGGCACUCCAGGAAACACAUCUAAAACCUGGAGAAAAUAUUUCUUUUAAAGGAUUCGAUCUCUACCGCAAGGAUGAUGAUAGCCAGAACCGUGCCAGUGGCGGUGUGGCUAUUCUGGUUUCAAAUCGCAUACCAUCCUUACCGGUACAAAUAAUCACUGAUUUGCAAGCUGUGGCAGUCAGAAUUUCUAUUGGAGUAACUGUCACAGUUUGUUCUAUAUACUUGCCACCAGAUGUCAGAGUCAAUGAGAAUGAAUUGGAUGCCUUGGUUGAACAGCUGCCAACAUCAUUCCUUUUACUUGGAGAUUUUAAUGGCCACAAUCCGAUGUGGGGCAGUCCCGACAUCAAUCGUCGAGGCAGAGCCAUUGAGAGAUUUAUUGGCAAUCAGCAAAUGUAUUUAUUUAAU